AAUACAAGUUCUUUACUCGAGACUCGAAUUUGAUGUUUCAAUUUCCAUUCUACCACUCACACCCUCUCUAUUCCGUCUUCCUCAGCUUUCAAAUAAACGAAAACUUUUGAAUUUACCGGGAGAUCCUGUUUUUUGCUCAUUGAAAAUUCAUUCUGAACGAUCCCCAUGUUCAUCAGCUUGCCGUUCCAUCGACCCUUCAGCUCUUCCUCAACCACAAGGAAUUUACUUGGAAACAUCAUGGGAGAUAUUGUUCAAUAUAGAGGGCAAAGUUGUCGAUUGCUCAGAAAGGGAAGAUUGUUGAUAUCUCUUUUUUGCUCCUCAAGGAAUAUCGAAACGUCACAUAAAAUUUCUGUUAGUUCCUCAUUGAUCAGUGAAGAAAAGCCUCGCCAAAACUUUACGAGGGACAAGAAGCUAGUUCCUGAUUCGGAUCCCCCUAGCAUGAAGGAUGUUGAUCUUUUAUAUAACUUUCUUGAUCGAAGUUCCAAGCUUGUGGUAUUGACAGGAGCUGGAAUAAGUACGGAAUGUGGAAUUCCUGAUUAUAGAAGUCCAAAUGGAGCUUAUAGUUCUGGUUUCAAACCAAUUACACAUCAGGAGUUUGUUCGUUCAAUACGGAGUCGUCGUCGGUAUUGGGCAAGGAGUUAUGCAGGGUGGAGACGUUUUACAGAUGCACAGCCUGGCCCUGCACAUUUAUCUCUGGCAUCUCUUGAAAAAGUUGGCCGAAUUAAUUUAAUGGUCACUCAAAACGUUGAUAGGUUGCACCACCGUGCUGGUAGUGAUCCACUUGAAUUACAUGGAACAGUGUAUUCUGUAAUUUGUUUAGAGUGCGGCUUUUCCAUUUGUAGGAAUUCUUUUCAGGACCAAGUGAAAGCUCUCAACCCAAAGUGGGCAGAAGCAAUCGAAAGUUUGGAUGAUGGAGUCCCAGGAUCGGAUAAGAGCUUUGGCAUGAAGCAAAGGCCAGAUGGUGAUAUUGAAAUCGAUGAAAAAUAUUGGGAGCAUGAUUUCUGUAUUCCAACCUGCCAAAAGUGCAACGGAGUGCUCAAACCUGAUGUCGUAUUCUUUGGUGAUAAUGUACCAAAGGAUAGAGCUAAUAAGGCGAUGGAAGCUGCUAAAAAUUGUGAUGCUUUCCUCGUAUUGGGGUCAUCUGUGAUGACCAUGUCUGCUUAUCGUCUAGUGAGAGCGGCUCAUGAGGCAGGUGCUGCUACUGGAAUUGUAAAUGUAGGUGUGACAAGAGCUGAUGACUUUGUAUCAAUGAAAAUCAAUGCUAGGUUGGGUGAGAUAAUGCCCAGAGUGCUCCAUAUAGGUUCCCUCAGCAUCCCUUCACUCCAAUAACAAUAACUUCACUUCAGGUGAAGGUUCUCUUUAAGCCAACAGCUAUACACGUUGACAUAAAGAGUAUUCCUUCGAUUUUUAUAAUUGAAUUUGACUGUUUGGAGGUUGUUAAUAUGUUGAAUGACGAGAUGGGUAAGCCUCUUUGAAGUCCCUUUCUUCAUUGACGAGGUUAAGAUUCGAGCUUGUAAAAUCGAGGGUGUCUCAUCCUCUCGUGUGUUCGUUAUUAUCAUAAUGUUUUGGUGCAUUUUGGGCCUAUAAGUUUGUAGAGAGGAGUAUGAAUCUUCUCCCUACUUUUUCUUUACCUUGAGUGAUUCUCCACUGUUAUUUUGUAGUGAUUUGUUUUGUUUUCUUGAGUACUGUUUUAUGGGUAAUAUGAUCCUUGAACCAAUCUUGAAGUUUUUGAAGGAUUCUUUCAUAUUAUUCUUACCUUCAAUUGACUUGAAUAUAUGUGUUGAUGGCUCAGCCUUGACCUUCUGGA